GAGCAGCGGCCUCACUCCUAUCCGGUCUCGACUGCUCGGUCAGUCAUGUCCACUUAAUAACGAGGAAUAGCGUCUGGUUUCACUUCUCUUUGUUGUGAAACCCCUGCCGCACAUUACAUCUUGUUUUGCUGACUGUAACAAUUUCACAGCAUUUAAGGCCGGAUUUAUAGAGCUUUAGUUUAAAAAAAGAAAAUUCAAGAAAUCCCAAAUGGUAGUUUUGUGUGUUGCCGCAGCGGGGCACGCAAACGAGCAAAACGCGUGAAUAAGCUAUAGAGUACUUCCGGGUCGUAGAGCUAGCUUGCAAGUCCGUCCCUGACUGUCUUUCACUUUUAAAAAGCUUCAUGUUUCUAUGUUUUUUGCCCUCUAUUUAGUGCAUCACCCGUCAUGGUGAGUAUUUUUUACCGUCUUAUAUUAUUACUCUUCUGUAAGUAACCAGAAACAAAAGUUAGAGUUGAAUUUUUAGCUGCCCUAGCUAGCUGCUGCUGCAUGUAUGAGAGCUCUGCUUCAUCUAUUCUGACCAUAGACUGUACACACUGUAUUGUCACAUGUUUCAUGAAACAACAAACGACCUUGCUCAAGUUUAUUAGCAGAUAUUUUUCAAAAUCACUGGAGAAGAUGGUUUCCUCCUCGGGUUCUGUAUUGGAAAUUAUAUGUGUUCACAAUAACAGAAAUACAAGUACAUAAAUGUUUAUUGAAGUACAAUCAGAUCUAUAGCCCUAUUACUUUGUCAUAGGUUUGUUGAGUUUUCUAAUUUUAGGGAUAGUAUUGUCAAUAUUGUCUUGUUACAAUUAAGUGUUUCUGAUCAACCUCUAGAUCAGUGGUUUGUGUUCUGUGUAAUAAAUUUCUAAAGUUGGUCCACAGCCACAUAAGCUUUGCUGGCGGAGGUGGGAUUUAUGACCUAUACAGCAGCCUGUCAACAGCGGGUGCUGUUCUCGGGGUGGCUUCACCCAGCAAGGAGGCAAACGCUGUCUAUUCUAUAUACAGUCUAUGAUUCAGGCCACAUUAAUAAGAAACUGAGUACGACCACGACAUAACAUGUGCCUUUUAAAAUAAGCUAUUUUCCAAAGUAAUGUACAUGUCAAACAUCAAAUGCGCAUCGAAUAUUUACUUUAUUGACCAGCUGUUUGCGAUCCAUCCAGAACAUGUCCUCGACCCACUUUUGGGUCGGGACCCACCGGUUUAGAACCACUGCUCUAGGUAACUGUUUGAUAAUACAAAAUGCCUUUUAUUACAGAUCCGAGCAGCGGUGUUACACAGAUUGACGCCCCACAUUCUGUCCUGCACCAGAAGAUCAUGUAUGCUCUCAGGUCGGAUACCCUAUGUUGUUCAGCCCCAAUCACCAAGUCGACCACCUGUCCAGCCGAGCUUACAUGGACCUCUUAUACCUAAAAUCACAGCCCUGGUGAGAUAUUCAGAUGUAUCCUCUCAGAAGUUCACGAUGAUCUACACCCUGCCACACAUUAGAUUCCUCAGAGCUGUGUCUAGGCUCAAACUGUUCCAGACUGCAUUCACGCUGGUCAUUUUGCCUCCAGUGUAUGCCUUCUACCUCCAUGGAGAUGUCCCUAUAUCUCUUGUCAGCUACACAACUGGGGUAGCACUUUUUGCUGGUGUCAUGCUGUACACUGCCAGUCAUUUUCUCAGGAGAGUUGUUGGGAUGAUGUACCUGGACCCAUCGCAGACUACUCUCAAAGUGUCGCACCUCACCUUCUGGGGCAGACGCAAUGACAUUUUCCUGCCGGUGACAGAUGUUAUGACCAUUGCGGAUACAGGGGACUCCCGAAAUGAGAUGAUAUUGAAACUUAAAAGAUUCAGCAGCCCACAGACCUUUUAUUUUUCCACUCACUAUGGACGUGUGGUAGACAGGGAAGGUUUUGAGAAAGUGUUUGGACCUUUAACAUAGCAAUUUUUGAAAAGUGAAGACUUGGAUCGUAGUUAUCAACAGUGAAUUCUUCUCUGCACUAUUAAACAUACAUCAGAAGACUGACAGUUUAUAAAUGGAAUAUGUUGGACUUUACAUGUCUGUUGUAUCCCUUGACAACAGACAUGACAAUUUAUUUUCCUUUUUUUUCUGGAGUAAAGUUUGAGCUGCCUUAGUAGGACUGUUGUCAUCAGUGUGAAAUAGUACCUGGAUUACUUCAUUCAGUAGCUAACUUGUCAAACAGGCAAAAAAUAAAAUCAAAUAAAAGCAUAAUCUGGGUAAGUUUGUCUGUAUAACUUAGAAUUGUUAACAAUAACCGAAGACGCUUAUGAAAAAAGAAAACCGUCCAGUAAGCAAUAGUUCCCUCACCAAAUUCUUUUUUUCAGUGGUAUAUAAUGUAUCAAAAAAUGAUGGGAUGUGUUUGUACCAUCACAAAGAAGUAAGAAAUAAUCACAUCAUGAAGCACACAGAAUAUAGUUACAUAAGAACACAUACACGCAUAGAUAUUUAAGAAGUAUUAAGUCUUUUCUACUACAGUGAUGUUUGGGUGAAGCCUCUCACGGUUUACGGGUUGUUACCAAAUAGGACUAGAGAGUUAACAAUGUGUUCAUUUAUGGUUCUGAAAAAAAAAAACAGCAGAUGAUGGUAAAAUAAAAGCCAAACCCAGGGCUUAAAACUUAAGUUUAAACAGCACUAAUGGCUGAUGUCCUGUUUUAUGUCCAGUCCAUGCAGAUAAAAAGAGGUUCAUAUGUUUCUGCUGUGUUUUCUCACACUUGGUUAUUUAGAAAUGCAAUGACUCACCAUCUUAUCUUAGACAAUGUUUCAGGGGCACAGUUACUGGAGUGCUUUAUUUCUGUGUCUGAAAAAGAGCUCUGAAGCUUUGCUGCAGAAAAUCGGAAAAAAACAACAGCAGCAUUUUAAAGCUCCUCAGAGCUCUAUUUCCGAGGCCUCCUCAUUUGGUCCUCCAGCUCUGGUAGCACCAAGGUGAUAGCUGUUAAGCUCAAUGUUGUCCUGCUCUGCCGGCUUCUGCCCUCUGGUGGCCUGGAGACACAUGACAGCAAAUAUGAAGAAAUCACUGGAUCACUCACUGAUUGUACAGUACACACACUGAGUUUUCUUCACCAGUUCUCUUUACCAUGCACCUUACCUUAUCAUAGAAACGCAUCGCAAAUAGAAACAAUGCCAGAGCAAGCAGCAGGUACACCAGUCUCACAAGGGAAAUGUUUGGAAGAGCUGAAAAACAGAUGAGCAACAAUCAGAUCAAGCCAUGGAAUAACACAUAUACUGUAGUGAGUAUUGAUGAAUAUUUUAGCAGUUUGAUUUAUUCUUUAUUUGCUGAAAUGCAAUGCUGGAUGAUCAAAAAAUUAUACAUUUUCUUAAACAGUCAUAUUUAUUGUUUGAUUUGAGCUCAUUCGAAUUGGCAGGUAUUUAAACAAAUAACUAAGCUGUAUUACAUGUUGUUAAAUGGGAUCUACUUACAAAUAAAUACAUACUCUUGGGUUAUCUUU